AUGUCUGGUUCUGCUGAUUUGUGCAAUAUCCUUAUUGCCAUCUUCCUGCCUCCUCUGAGUGUCUUCCUCCAACGCAGCUGUGGUUGCCAGCUGCUGAUCAACAUCAUUCUCACCUGCAUGGGUUGGAUUCCUGGUUCUGCCCACGCUAUCGACUCCAUUCAUCCUGACAAUUCCGCGUCGCCGCCCUUCGAACGAGCCCUCCCAGCAGAGAAUGAUAUCCUUGCUCAGCAAGCCCACUUGCUCUCUUGCUUGCCACGUUUGAUUCGGGUCACGGUUCAACGGAGCAGAUUUAUGAGUGGCGGCGCCAACAUGCUUCCGCAGAGGUCCGGAUUCGACUAG